GAGGACCAAGGGUUAAGGCUUAUACUGCUGGAUUUAAUCUGUCAACUAUGACGCUGAGGAUGGUUCUGAGUGCUUUUAUCAUCACUCUUUUACUUCUCGAACUUGGGCAGUGCCAGAAAAAGGAAGACAGUAGCCCCAGGAAGCUAGCCAGGCAGAAGUCCAAGGGGAAGGCAAAAGGCCGAGUUAGUGCUGGGGGGGAAUCCAAGGCCUCCUCAUCCAUGACGGAAGCGAAGCCAGAGCCAGUCCAGGUGCAGACUUUCAUCACGCAGGUCCUGGAGAAGGGGAAGUUCCAGAGAGUCGGGGACAUGCUAACGGUUCCAGCUGGCCACCUCCUGGAGCUGCGAUGUAAGGGAAAGCCAGUGCAGUGGGGUGUCCCUCAGUACGUGGAGGAGGAGAAUGAUGGCAGGCUCAGGGUCACCCAACACGAGCGGCACGGGUCCCUGAUUUUAGCCAACAGCACAGGGGCGGACACAGGGGAAUACACAUGUUAUCCUUUGCACUGCGAGGACAAGGACUGCAGAAAGGAAUAUGAUAGAGCAGUCCGGGUCUUCAUCUUCUUUUCUGACCCCCGUGAGCUGUUUGUUCCCUCGCCGCACUACUACGAGGUCAUCCAGCUCCGCUCCAAUCGUGCCACUACACUCCCAUGUCAGGUGACAUCACCGCUGGCCCAGGUGACGUUACACCGUGAGUUUCCCCCAGAGGAGGUGAAGGUCGACGGUACGGAAAUCUCCUUCGACGUGAAGAAGGGCUUCACCAUCUACCGGCCUAGGCCUCACCACGCAGGCUCACUCUUCUGCAUCGGCAGCCUCGGUGGCUUGAGGCAAAGUUCCACCAAAUAUAUGCUCAUCUAUGUUAACUAUCCUGUUUCCCCUCCAUCUCCAGUCAUCAAAGCUUCAUCCAGCUCUGUCCAUAUCGGAGAGAACCUGCAGGUCUCCUGUUCCGUGGUGGGGGAAGCCGAUGUGGUGAUUGAUUUUACUUGGGAAUUUCCUGGGCAACAGAUUGGCAGACCCCUCUAUACAGAGGACGGUGUCCAUCCCAUGAGAUCUGGGGGACAACUCCGCCAGCAGUCUGAGUCCGUGCUCCUAGUGGAGGAGGUGCGGGAUGUAGACCAGGGCAAGUACAGCUGCACUGCUCAGAACUUGGAGGGUUCCCGCACUGUCUCCACCAUGGUCAAGGUGCUUCCAGCCCGUGGUUCUGCCAAGCUAAAGAAGCUGUGAGCUCCAGCUGCUAUAACUUCACAUUUUUCAU